AUGUCCACUCAACCCCUUCUUCAGACCGCUCCAGGCAAACGGAUUGCACUGCCCACGCGUGUCGAGCCAAAAGUAUUCUUCGCAAAUGAGCGUACAUUCCUAUCCUGGUUGAACUUCACUGUCAUCCUAGGCGGCUUGGCUGUCGGCCUACUCAAUUUCGGCGAUCGCAUCGGCCGUAUCUCUGCCGCUCUGUUUACCAUAAUCGCCAUGGCAGCUAUGAUAUACGCUGUUGUGACAUUCCAUUGGCGCGCACAAAGCAUCCGGCGGCGUGGACAGAGUGGUUUCGACGAUCGGUUCGGUCCUACUGUUCUUGCCGUUGCUCUUCUCGCUGCUGUGAUUGUCAACUUUAUUCUCCGUAUUAGUGAUAACGGAGAAAAAUGA